AUGGCCGAUUCUCUGACCGAAGAGCAAGUCUCCGAGUACAAGGAGGCAUUCUCCCUGUUUGACAAGGAUGGCGAUGGCCAGAUCACCACCAAGGAGCUGGGCACUGUCAUGCGCUCUCUGGGCCAGAACCCCUCCGAGUCUGAGCUGCAGGACAUGAUCAACGAGGUUGACGCCGACAACAACGGCACCAUUGACUUCCCCGAGUUCCUUACCAUGAUGGCUCGUAAGAUGAAGGACACCGACUCCGAGGAGGAAAUCCGCGAGGCCUUCAAGGUUUUCGACCGCGACAACAACGGCUUCAUCUCGGCUGCUGAGCUGCGCCACGUUAUGACUUCGAUCGGCGAGAAGCUGACCGAUGACGAGGUGGAUGAGAUGAUCCGCGAGGCUGACCAGGAUGGCGAUGGCCGGAUCGAUUACAACGAAUUCGUCCAGCUCAUGAUGCAAAAAUAA